UUCACUUUCUCCUGAAUGGUGGGGACAUUGUCAGCAGAAAUGUAGGUAGCGUUAAAUCUGGGAUCAACAAAACUGGCUGUGUCCAGUAGCUCUUCUGUGAUAGGGUCUGAGUACUUCUCCUUAAGGUACCUGAGGAUGCUGGUUUUGAUAGUUUUAGUCAGCUCCACAUCAUCCUUCUCCUCAGCAAGCACUCGUGAAUUGAGGAUGUGCAGUACAGGCUUUACAAAUGAAAUGGUCACAUACACUUCCCCUGAUAGGGCGUCUGUGAACUCCAUCAAAGGGGAAAGAGCCUUGCUGACCGCCUCUAAGACAUCCAUGUCAGCCCACGAUGGAACAAGGCGCCUGGAUUUUUUUGUCUUCAGAAAGGACCUGUGUAAUAGCUUUCCUUUGUUCGAGGACUCUUGCAAUCAUCAUUUGCAUCGAUCCCCAUCUGAAGUUCAUGUCAUCUGCAUCUACUCUGAAGACUGCAUCUUGCCCUGUCUCUUCCCUCCAUCUUCUGAAGAGGUUUUUUUUCAAUGGUACAAACAGGGAACACUGAUAUACAGUUUCCUGGAGGAUGAAGAUGAAUCAGUUUACAGCAGCAUUUCCGUGUUUACUGAUGAAGUGUCACAUGGCAAUGCCUCCCUGCUUUUGCAUGUCAGCAAUAUAAAGAGCCGAGGGCGCUAUAAAUGUGUGGUUAAUACCACCAAAUCUGUUCAGGAGUCUUACAUCAUUGUCAAGGUUGAAGCUCCAAUCCAUGGGAUUGCCAUUGAGGUCAGUCUCACUGAGCAUUUGCAGUGCUCUUCACAUGGUGUGUACCCUGCUCCACUGCUAAAGUGGUCUACAGAGCCAAGUAUUGCUUCGAACUCCUUGCAAGCUGUCACUCGAAUAAGGGCAACAAAUAACCUGUAUAGUAUAGAGAGUACUGUAAAGAAAAUGUACACAAACUCAAAUCUUACCUACAUCUGCAGCAUCACAUCAAAAUACAGCUUACAAUCAUGGAGAGCCUCACUGCUUCAGACAGAAAUGUCUGUAAAUUAUGGGGAAAAGCUGGUUAUUCCAUGCAUGGCGCCAAAGAAUCUUAAAAACCUCACUCUCACAUGGACUUUUAUAAGUCAGAACAAGCGGACAGACGUCUUGACCUAUUUCAGUCAAACCCAAAGAAUCAAAAAUCACUGGGAUGACCGGGCAGAAUUGGACCUGAACAAGGCUCUGAUGGGAGAUGGAUCACUUUACUUAAACAACUUAGGCUCUAAGCAUUCUGGGACAUAUACCUGUACAUAUACAGGUUCCCAGGUCAAACACAUAGUCCAAACGUUAGUUUCACAGACAGGUAAUAGUGGGUCCAAACUUUGGAUGGUGGCUAUCACAGUAGCCAUUACAGUAGCGGCACUGAUUCUCCUUUGUGUGAUUUUCUACAUCUACAGAAAAUACAAAGGUAAGUCUAAAGAUUCUUGGCAAGACCACAACCAACAGGACGCAGAGAUGCAGACUAUGCAUGAGGGCAAUUCAGUGGAGGAGUUACAAGCAGAAAUCAAACCGCUUGCAAAUCACAAGAAAGGAGAGUCUUCUGCUGGAAAGUCCCUACAGUAAUGAAUGCAGUGACAUCCGGCAUUCUAUAUGUGCACUGUAGUAUAGGGUGAAAAUCAAAGUAAAUAAUAUUUCAAAGACACAUGAACAUAGUUUCUGGGGUAUGGGGGUAGCCUGCUUCCAUAUUUAUACAGUGAUCAAAAGGCACAUAUGUAGACAUACAUAUACAAAUACAUAUGUGAUUUAAUUUGUAACAUUAUUGCUCUUCCAAAAUCAAGUGUGAGUUUGUCACAAAAUGUGUCUGUGAUGAUCCUCAGUCAUCAAGGUGUGGUGUGGUAGAUUUGUUAUAAAUUAUCAAAUAAAAAAAAGUAUAUAAAUAUAUUAAACAUAUUAAAGGCCCCAUCUAGUGGCCAUCAAUGGCCACAGAGCUUGAUUACUGGUUCACUGGGAGAGCAGGUAGAUUGCAUUGUCUGAGAGGGAGAGUAAAAAAAACAUUAGGAGGUUAAUAGGAUAAUAGUAGGAUAAUAUUGUGUAAUCUAGAUAAUUAUCAGUAUAAAAAUGUUAGUGAAAAACAGCCUUGUGUUAUUUUAGCUCAAUUUUAUUUUAAUAAUUUCUAUUAUCAUUAUAUAAUCAUUAUAUAUUCAGAUGUUCAGUACAUUGGCAUGUUAAAAUCCCAAAAUAAAUUGUGUGAGUUUUUACCAGUCUGCAUUCAUUUGGGCUCUUAUUAUUCCCUUUGUAAUUUGUUGCAAUUAAACAAUCAUUUAAUCAUAACUGCUUGAGAGCAUUAGAGAGAUAAAUGGAUGUAGAUAGAUAGAAACGGAGCGAAGAAGAGGGGAAUGAUGUAAUUCCUGAUAUAACAAAGCUGUUUUUUUAAUUAAUUUUUUGAUCAAUGUAAUUAAAAAUAUAU